AAAGUUCGUGUGAGAUUGCACGUUUUCCCACCUUUUGACCUGUUCCGAGCUUUAGGUCCCUCAAAAAUCAAAACUUUGUCGUCGCGUGCGACUGUUCGAUCAACCUCUCUGACCAUUCAAAGCAAGUACACCAUGAGCAGCAAUCCCUCUCCUCCCCCACACCGAAAAGGCCCACUUCGCAAGGCUGCAGCUCCGCGCAUCGCCUGCCGCCUAUCGACACCGAAGCCAUGAUCUUUCCUCUGUUUCUCGCUUUCUGUUGCUCUCUUGGAUCGCCGCUGGCACAGUCCGCGGACACUCUGUCGGCCAACCAGACACUGCAAGAUGGACAGAGCUUGGUUUCAUCUGGGCAAAUCUUUGAAUUUGGCUUCUUUACUGUUGACAACUCGAGUGCCAGGUACUUGGGCAUUUGGUACAAGAACAAACCUCUCCAAGUCACUUGGGUGGCCAACAGGGACAACCCAAUCGCCAAUUUCUCAGCAGAAUUGACACUGAGCUCACAAGGGUCAGUGUCUCUGCAAAAUGGGUCCGUUAAUUACUGGUCUGUGACCCCAGUUGGGGCUGUGAACGAGCCGUUCCUGAGGCUUCUGGACAAUGGCAAUCUCGUCUUGAGUGAUGCAAGUGUUUCUGAUGAUUCAGAGGACUAUCUCUGGCAGAGCUUUGAUAACAUAACUGACACUUUGCUGCCGGAGAUGAAACUGGGAUGGAAUUUGAGGACCGGUUUGAAGCGGAACAUGACUUCGUGGGCCUCGACAACCGAUCCGUCGAGCGGCCAGUACACGUUUAGCCUCGAGCCGCCCGAUGCUCCGCAGUUGAUUCUGUGGAAAGGGAGCCAGAAGCAGUACAGAUGGGGGCCCUGGAAUGGAAAGAGGUUCAGUGGGAGUAAUGAGCUCAAGGCCAAUCCAAUAUUUGAGCCGAUUUUUAAUUCCAGCCCUGAAGAGGUGUAUUACACAUACAAAGUGGUAGAUAAUUCGACCCUAUCGAGAUUCGUCGUGACCCCGGAGGGUGCGAUUCAAUAUCUUGCUUGGUUGGACAGCCAAUGGACGAAUUUGGUUACUUUACAGAGGGACUAUUGUGAUACUUAUGGCAUGUGUGGGCCGUAUGGGACUUGCUAUGAUUCCUCUGAUGAAAAUUGCAGGUGCUUGAAGGGGUUCAGGAAAAACGAUUCGAACCCCCUUGAUUGGACCGGUGGGUGCUCCCGGACAUGGGGUUUGAGUUGUGGAAAUGGUGACGGCUUUGUGAAGUUCAAGGGUUUGAAGCUGCCAGAUAAUUCGCAUCUGUCGGGGAAUACAAGCUCGAGCCUUGAGGAAUGCAAGACGGAAUGUUUGAAGAAUUGCUCUUGUAUGGCAUUCACUAGGGUAGAUGUCCACGGGAAUGGUGGGGACUGUCUUCUGUGGUUUGUGGAUUUGGUUGACACGAAGAACUAUCCUUCAGGCGGAGAUGUGCUGUAUAUACGAAUGGCACGGGCAGAGAUAGAUGCAAUCACUCGAACUAAGAGGAGAAGGCGUAUAAUAACCGCUGUUGGUAUUUCUGUCUCGACUGUAUGUGGAUUGCUUGUAUUGGCAUUCAUUGGCUUGUACACUCUGCGAAGAAGGAAAGAGAGGGCAAGAGCUGAAUAUGGAGUCUAUCGAGAUUCGGGAGAUGGUGCUCCGGAAGAUGACCUUGAAUUACCCCUUCUUGAUAUCGGCGUGGUUGCUCAUGCCACUAGCAAUUUCUCUUUCCAAAACAAGAUUGGGCAGGGCGGGUUCGGUGAAGUAUACGAGGGUGUAUUACCUACUGGACAAGAAGUUGCUGUGAAGAAGCUCUCACUGAACUCUGGGCAGGGCCUGAAAGAGUUCAAGAAUGAGGUCAUACUGAUUGCCAAACUUCAACACCGGAAUCUUGUGAAGCUCUUAGGAUGCUGCAUUCAUGGAGAUGAAAGAAUGCUAAUCUACGAGUACUUGCCGAACAAGAGCUUGGACCACCACCUUUUUGAUCCAAAUAGACGUAAACUUGUGACCUGGAAGACACGCUUCAGCAUUAUCAUGGGGAUUGCACGUGGACUUCUCUAUCUCCAUGAAGACUCCAGGCUGAGAAUUAUCCACCGAGACCUCAAACCGAGCAACAUCUUACUAGACAGUGAGAUGAACCCUAAAAUCUCAGAUUUUGGAAUUGCAAAAAUAUUUACCAUAGAGAAUGCUGGAGAAAUGACCAACAGAAUAGUUGGGACAUACGGUUAUAUGUCUCCCGAGUAUGCAUUGAAAGGCCACUUUUCAGUAAAAUCAGAUGUGUUUAGCUUUGGAGUACUGUUACUGGAGAUUGUAAGCGGCCACAAGAAUUGGGGAUUUUAUCACCCAGACCAUGACCUCAAUCUCGUGGGACACGCAUGGAAACUGUGGACCGAGGGGAAUGCGCUAGGACUAGUAGAUGCCCUGAUCGAGCAAGAAUUUCCCAUGAAGGAAGUGAUGAGGUGCAUCCAGGUAGGACUCUUGUGCGUGCAGCAGCGACCGGAAGACCGGCCAACAAUGUCAUCAGUCGUGCUUAUGCUGGUCAGCGAGACUUCUGAUGUUCCUCAACCCAAGGAACCGGGAUUUAGUGCUGAGAGCUUCGUUGUGGGCACCGACUCAUCCUCUAGUAGCAAAAUACUUCACAUUUCCAAUUAUAUGACUAUGACAGCUCCGGAGAGUAGAUGAAAAGAAUACUCAGAGUGAUGAGAAGAGUAACACGCGACACAUACUUUUAAACUCGAAAAGAAUGUGGGGCAUAGAUUUGUACAGAUGCUUCAUAUUUUUUUUUUCUUCUGCAAUAGAUUGAUGCAUAAGAUGUAGAUAUUCAUGCAGAA